GUUUCACCUCUUAGUUACUGAGGAAGUGAGGAGUUUAUGUGUUUCAGUGGUAACUGAGAAACGGAGAAGAAAGCAUAGAGAUGGUGAGGGAAGAAGAAGUUUUUCUCAGCAAUUCGCUCUUAGAAGAAGUUGAAGACGAUGAUGAUGAUGGGCCUCCGCCCGGGUUCGAUUCGAUAGCUAUUAACGCAAAACUGGAAAAAAUGGUCGUCGAAGAUUGCGGCGGAGAGGAGGACGAAGAUGACGGCCCUCCGCCUGGAUUCUCUGAACCAAACCCGCCGUAAGUGCUGCCUCCUCCGCCGCCGCCGCCAAUCAGUCAUUCUGGUUAGAUGAUUAUACUUCAAUUUAUUGGAUACAAUUGAGAGGGUAUAGUAGCAUUUGGAUUCUCAACUUUGUUAAUCUCUGUUGCGGCAUUUUGAUUUUCCGAAUUUCCCCUUUCUAUCUCACUUCUGCUAAAAUUUCUUAAAUUUGAAAUUACUUACUCACAAGAAUGCUAACAUUUGAUCAGAAUUGUAACAUUGGGUUUCUUUUCAAAACCUAAGCUUGGGAAUUCCUCUUCUUUAUUUGUUGGGCUUUACUAAUCUGUGAUUUCUAUUGUGUUCUUCGAAUGGGAGUUUGUUGUUGGUGUAAUUAAGCUUGGAAAUAUGA